AGUCACAUGAACAGGAAAUUCGAAACCAAAAUAAACAACAAUCAUUACAAAAUACAAAACAAUGAUAAAUUUAAUAAAUUAACACAGAUGUUUGAAUGUUAGCCAUUAACCUAGCUAGCUAGCUAGACUUGGUUUUAGGUAGGUAAAAUCAGCCGAGACUAGAAUCUAGAGAAUCUAGAUCUAGUAAUGUGGAAAAAAGGGGACUCAUUAAAUUUUUAUAACUUUUUCACAUUUUUAGUAGGAUUUAUGUUUUCAAAGUUACAAAAUUAUUUCCAAGUUCAUUUAUGUAGGGCCUACCUGUUUUAAACUAGUGUUACUAUUAGCUAACCUUGACGUAAAUGCAGGGGGAGUAGAGCAGCUGAUAAGGAUGUUGAAAGCUGAUGUGGCAGCUGAGACAGGGGAGAGAAGCAGGUCUAUACUCUGGCUGCCAGUUAUCUUCUCUUGUGCAACAUUUUACCUCUACCUGCUCUCACUGGGGUUCAAACAGGAGGAUGAAAGGUCCAGUCGGAAAUUCCCCACCAGCGUCGAUGACAUCAGAGAAAUGUUGACCUACAUCAACGCAGUCAAGGCCAACAACUGGGGCUAUUUGUUGCUAGUCUUUAGUUCAGGAUAUAUUUAUAAACAAGCUUUUGCUGUGCCUGGGUCUGUCUGUCUGAAUGUUCUGGCUGGUGCCAUGUUUGGUCCCUACUUUGGUUUUCUCCUGGUCUGCCUGCUGUCUGCCGUGGGGGCGAGCACCUGUUACCUGCUGUCCCAGGUGUUUGGCAAAUCUUAUGUUGUCCACUUCUUCCCUGACAAGGUCAAGGUCUUUCAAAACAAGGUCAACAGAAACAGAGACGGGUUGUUUUUCUUCCUGUUGUUUCUCCGCCUGUUCCCCAUGUCACCCAACUGGUUCAUGAACAUCGUGGCUCCAAUUGUGGGGGUCCCAGUUCAUCUUUUCUUCUGCUCAGUAUUAAUAGGUCUAAUGCCGUACAACUUUGUGUGUGUACAAACGGGCAGCGUGAUAUCCCAGAUGACCUCUCUCAGUGAUAUGUUCACCAUGUGGACGAUGUUAAAGAUGUUUCUAUUGGCCAGCGUGGCCCUGUUACCUGGUCUCAUCAUCAACCGGCUCAAAGUCAAAUUUGAUUAGAAAUGUUUAGAAAUCUUAUUCAAGCUCAUUAUUAAAUAAAAUUAUGUUGU